CGGCCAUGGGCGGCCAUUGGCUGGGCUCGAUCCACCGCAGCGCCCCGCACCGGGCCGGGGCUGCCUUCUCCUCCUCCUCCCGGAGCGCAGAAUGGAGGAGCCGUCGCCGCGGGGUUUCUCCGAGGAGCAGUUUCUGGCCGCCUGCAGCGAGCUCGGUCAGACGGCGCCGGGGCCGCCCUGGCAGCUCCUGGUGGAGAGUAUGGGCGUCAGCAUCUACCGGCUGCACGACGAGCAAUCAGGACUUUAUGAGUAUAAAAUCUUUGGUGGUCUUGCUGACUGUCCCCCAAAACUCUGUGCAGAAGUCUAUAUGGAUUUAGAGUUCAGGAAACAGUGGGAUCAGUAUGUUAAAGAACUGUAUGAGAAAACGUAUGAUGGUGAAAAGAUAAUCUACUGGGAAGUGAAGUACCCUUUUCCUCUCUCAAACAGAGAUUAUGUCUAUAUUCGUGAAUGUCAAGAGAUGGAUGUUGAUGGGCGGAAGAUCUGGGUUGUGUUAGCUCAAAGUGUGUCUGUUCCUCAGUGCCCUGAAAAGCCUGGUAUUAUCAGAGUUAAGAGUUAUAAACAAAGUCUGGCAAUUGAAAGCGAUGGCAAGACUGGAUCUAAAGUCUAUAUGUACUAUUUUGAUAAUCCCGGUGGCAUGAUUCCAUCGUGGCUGGUCAACUGGGCUGCCAAGAGCGGUGUGCCUGCUUUCUUGAAGGAUAUGCAAAAAGCUUGUUGUGACUAUUCUAAAAGAGCAUAGGUCACAUUUGAUCUGAAUUAUUUAAUCCCUGAAGUUCUGCACUUACAAAAUGGCUAUCAUGUUACACACUGGAUAAAAUCUACCUCUAAUAUUGGAAAGAGUUUUUGGUGUUGGUUUAUGCCUUGGAUCUUACUAAACCUUUGCUUCCUCCAAGGGAAGUUAGUCACCAAUAAGAUAAUACCGUCAUCAGCUGCUUACAUUUCAUAGCACUUACGUUCUGUUACAUCACCAAUGACAGAGUUCAGCAAGGUUGAGACAGAGCCUUAGUCUCAGGGAUUGAAAAUAUUUUGCAUCUUUACUAAAUCUAAUCUUGUUGCUGGACAAAUCUUGUGAUGGAGUAAGUUUACAUUGCUAAAGAAGAAAAGGUUGAAGUUGUUGCCUUUAUACUUUGUGUGUUUCCAAUAAAUCAUCACUGUAUCUGUA